AUUGUUGAACAAAAAAAACAAGUCUGCAGAAUUAAUAAGGAUUCUUUGACUCUGUUUAUGUUAAUUGGUUAACAUAUCAGCUUAUAAGUCUCCAGACAUUUAGUUUUGGUCAACAGUCUUGAAUUAAUAAGAACAGUAUCUUUAAUGAUAAUAAGAACAGAACAAUUACUUAUUUAGUUAUAACUAUAUAAAAACCUUUUAUUUUUCCUCUUCAAAAUCAAUCCACCCUCUCUCCAUCUCUCUGUCGUUGAUAAAAGAUGGAAAUGAGAGGUCCACUGAUAUGGGUGUUCUUGAUGUGUUAUAGCUUCGGUCACUUUACAAGUCAUAACAAUGGCUUUAUAGAAGCGAAGAGCUUGACUGAAUCUAAAGCUCUACAAAUUGAGAAGAAAUUAGAGACAAUCAAUAAACCCGCCGUCAAGAUCAUCAAGACUAUCCAUGGGGAACCAUAUGGAUGUGUGGAUUUCUUCAAGCAACCAGCAUUUGAUCACCCUUCUAUGAAAAAUCACGCAUACCAUUACAAGAUGCGUCCGUUAUGGCAACCCGAAGGAAUGAGAAAAAGAAAGACAAAUAAUACUGGAUUUGGUUACUUAUGGGAGAAUGGUGUGGGCUGUCCCAUAGGUACCGUCCCUAUUAAAAGAGUUACCAAAGACGAUAUCUUGGGAGUAAACUUGUUAGAAGAUCAGUAUAAACCCCGUGGUUCUUGGAACACAAUCACUAAUGAUUCUAAUAACGUUGUUCAUUACGACCAACAUCAUUAUGCGGUGGGUCGGACUAAGAAUAUAGGAAUACACCACCAUGGAGCAACAAUGGAUCUUUGUUUAACCGCACCUAAGGUUAAGCCUACCCAAUUCAGUAGUUCUCGGCUUCACAUUCAGAUUGGAGAUGAUUUCAUUCAAACCGGUUUCACUUCUGGUGGAAAAUCAUGUUACAAUAGCCAUUGCGAUGUGGGAAUGGUGAACGUACGUCAAGAUUUUCCAAUGGGUAUAGCAAUGAAGCCAGUGUCUGUUCGUGGUGCUUUGAAAAGCCACUAUGCAAGCUUCGGUGUAAUCAAGGACCAAGCAAAUGGGAAUUGGUGGUUGCAGUUUGGUAAAGAUGCAGACGAACUCGGGUUUUGGCCGGCAAGUAGGUUUCGCCAAAGCUUUGGAAACUUGGUCGAAUGGGGAGGAGAAGUGUACAGCGCAUCACUACCUAGUCCUGAAAUGGGAUAUGGAUUUCCUCCAAUCAAGAGACUAGAUUAUGAUGCAUAUGCCAAACGUAUUGCCGUACUGGACGGUAAUUAUCGUGUUGAUAGAAAAUUGGAUUAUAUCGAAGAAUUUACGGACAACUCCGAAGGCUACAACGUGAAAGCGGUUCUGGAAUCCAGAAUCGCUAGCGAGGGUCAUAUGAUCCUUUUUGGUGGUUUUGGAGGAAUCUAAAAGUACACUUAGGUCUUUGUCAUAUGGAAAUCAAGACAUUAAAUAGAUUUGGUUUUACAAUAAAUAUCGUCUCUUGUGGGCUUUUUUAAAAAUAUGGUUGUAAAAAA